CUUAUGCCUGAUCUAAUGGUUGGAUGUGUAGGUUCUGAAAGAACAUCUCCAACUUGGAGAUGCUCAGUAUGGACAUGAAUUUGCAGAUUUUUACGCAGAUCCUCGGGGUAUCAAGCAGAUGAGCUGACGAGGCUUAACAGUGUUAAACUUGGCCUCGGGGUGCCAAAGAAUUAGACAAAGUCGAGAUGAAGGGGCAGAUUUAGGAUUACUGUCUGCGUCCAAAUAAGCACCCGUGCGUGUCCCUAAUUCCCCUUGAUCUCUGUAAUCUCCGGAACAAGUGACGAUUGUUAUUCAUACGUUUGGAUCGUAAAUAAGAUCACCGAGCCACUAAUCCUAACUGCAGCGGGCAAUUUGCCCUGCGUUAGUUACGUCAGCGCGUCUUUGGUCUCUCCUCUGCUCGGUCUGGAGCUCUUAGCGCGCAGUACAGCCGUGCCAGCGCGAAGAGUUUCUCUGUCAACUCUGUGAAGUAUAAGCGAGAGUGGCACCGCGCAAAUCCGCCUCCGGUCAACUAAGCUAAAGGUUACGACACAUCCAUGCACUUUUUGCAAUACAGGCAAGAGUGAUACCUCCUCUACCUGUUACUCUUCUUUUUGAUCUUCUUUCCCUGUCGCACUUUGUCUGCACGGCUGCAGCGGUCCACCAUUGCCCCCAAAAACCACGACAGCGUUUUAACGCGAUCUUGCCGGGUGCUGCAGAGGAAUCGGCUGGUCGGCGCGGCGCUGGGUUUGGUCGUCAUGGUGGUGGUGCUACUUGUCGCGAUUCCGCUACUGGUCCAGAGCUCCACCAUCUCCGCGCACUACGAGAUGAUGGGCACUUGUCGCAUGAUCUGUGACCCGUACAGCCCGAAAGCGAGCGCCACGGCGCUGGAAGUCAUGCAGGACCUCGGCGCCAUCCCGCCGCCGCCUCCUCCGUCCUUCUCCCGCGGGAACAAAGGAGAACCUGGACGCCCGGGGAAACCUGGACCGAGAGGUCCUCCAGGUGAACCUGGUCCCCCCGGACCUAGAGGGCCGCCCGGGGAGCGUGGAGAUGUCGGGAGAAUCGGCUUUACUGGAGGUCCUCAGGGAACAGCUCGGACUGAAACCGGAGAGCUGGGUUCGGCAUUGGGCAGUGUCAAGAUUGCCUUCUACGUCGGGCUUAAAAACCCACAUGAGGGUUACGAGGUGCUCCGUUUCGAUGAUGUGGUAACUAACCUGGGCAACCACUACGACCCUUCCACUGGCAAGUUCACAUGCCAGGUGUCUGGAAUUUACUUCUUCACUUACCAUGUACUGAUGCGCGGAGGAGACGGAACCAGCAUGUGGGCAGACCUCUGCAAAAACGGACAGGUUCGAGCGAGUGCAAUCGCCCAGGAUGCAGACCAGAACUAUGACUACGCAAGCAACAGUGUGGUGCUGCAUCUGGACUCAGGGGACGAGAUAUAUGUGAAAUUGGAUGGCGGGAAGGCACAUGGUGGAAACAACAACAAAUACAGCACUUUUUCUGGCUUCAUACUGUACCCGGAUUGAGCUGGAGCACAAGAACAGACACUGAAGUGAAUAGUCAUUUACCAAGUUGACAUUAACACAGGUUGAAGCCCUGUCAGGUCUAGCGCUUCAUUUCUGUGUAUCUGUGGGAGUAUGCUAUUUUACUUACUGCCUGGACCAUAAAGUAUACAAAACCAUUGAUAAAUUAAUGUUUGAAUUGAGCUUUUUUUUUUCACACACAGUAAAAUCCCCAGUGCAACUUAACACCUACAGUGUUUGUGUAAGACCAUAUGGGCACAAGUAAACCUUGGGAGAGUACAGAGUGUCUGUCUGAAGAAAGCGGAUGGAGGGUGUGUCUUUAAGAACACUCUAAUUAAUAUAUACGGCAUAUAUCUGGCUGUACAUAUUAAUUAAUUGAAACUGUCAUGGCAUAUUGUACUGUUUUUUGUUUGUUUGUUUGUUUUUAAACCGAGUGCAAAGAUGCAUUUGCAGUCCUAUAAAAUGUGGACCCUAACCCUAACCCCUAACCCUAUCCCUAGCUCUUAUUUUACCUCCUAUAUUGUUAAAAAUCCAUCCUUAAUUUUGUAAGGUCAAAAAUUUCUAGCAGAGAAAUAUGAUAAAAUUAGUUUAUUAAAGCAAUCGUUUCAGUGCAUUUCAUAUGGCAACAAACAUAAAAGAUCAAAUCUGACAUAGCUCAUCUGUUACUGAUCCCUGAAAACCACAGGGAAAAAAAAAAACAAGAAAAUAUCAUGCUGUUAUCAUAUUCUGCAUAUAUGAACUUAAUUAUAUGUGUUAAAGAUGUUUUCCUUUUAGGCAUCAACAUUCAAAAUCUGUUUUAUGAUUACACACAAAGAUGCACAGUCUAUUUAGUUUUAGUAUUAUUUGGAUAGCUAUUUUUAUCUUAAUUAGUUAGAUGCUCCCUUAGUCAUGAUAUCACCUAGCAACCACCAUUACAGCACUGUCAGACCUAGAGCAACAGUUUUUUGGAAAGAAAAAUAAAAAAAACCAAACCAAACCAAAAACACAAACAAACAAACAAACAAAAAAUUUUUGGACUAAUGUAAAUUUACUUUGCCCGCAGCAGUUCUGUUGUGCCACAAAAUUUCUACUGCCUGCCAGCUAGUGUGAGCUGUGAGGAUUAUGAGCUUUAAGAUUUUCUCAGAAAUAUUAUACAGACUAUCCUUCUACAUAUGAGCUCAAAUGCAAGCUUUUCACUGAAUGACAUCAAGGCAUACCUGUUCAGCGCUGUUCUGGACUCAUAAACCUAUUCAUAUUCCCAUAUAAGAACACAAAGACACACCUUCUGUGCCCUCCAGUGGGAGAGAUUUGAAUUAACAAACUGGGUUUUCAUUCAGCACAGGGCUUUUUGCUGUGUUGCCUGUUUGUGUUGUGUGUAUCAAACAUGUAUUUAAACUUUAUGUCAAAUCAAGUUUGAGGGCAAAGUGUGAAUUAUUAGUAUAGGUAUGUCUGAAUUGCUAGUCCUAUAUGAUGUAUUUGUCCUGUAGCACAAUUUAUACACUGCACUGUUAAUAUUUAUUUAGGCAUUUCAAUAAAUAAUGUUUUGUAUAACUGGUUUCUUUGUAUGUAUUAAAUGUCGUCCUCAUA